CUGAGGAGGAGCGGAGCGCGGCGCAGGCGUCCGUCGGCGCCCGGGGCGGCCGCGGCGGGAGUCGGUACGGCACUUAGAGGGGGUACAGCUCAGUGGUAGAGCAUUUGACUGCAGAUACGGCACUUAAUGACCAGCCUGGGCCGCUGGGGUGGCGAUGGCGGGCUUCCUGGAUAACGUCCGCUGGCCGGAGUGUGAGUGCGUGGACUGGAGCGAGCGGAGGAACGCCGUGGCCUCGGUGGUAGCCGGCGUGCUGUUCUCCGCAGGCUGGUGGGUGAUGAUCGACGCGGCCGUGGUGUACGCGAAGCCCGAGCAGCUGAACCCCGCCUUCCACACCUGCGGGGUGUUCUCCACGCUGGCCUUCUUCAUGAUAAACGCCGUGUCCAAUGCCCAGGUGAGAGGCGACAGCUACGAGAGCGGCUGUUUGGGAAGAACAGGUGCCCGCGUAUGGCUCUUCAUCGGCUUCAUGCUGAUGUUCGGGUCGCUCAUCGCUUCCAUGUGGAUCCUCUUUGGCGCCUACGUCACCCAGAAUGCCGAUGUUUACCCAGGGCUGGCCGUGUUCUUCCAGAACGCACUCAUAUUCCUGAGCACGCUCGUCUACAAGUUCGGGAGAACUGAAGAGCUGUGGACCUGAGAUCACUCUGAACCUCCUGCUCGCCGUCUUCUGUUGUAGAUUUCUUUUGUUAUCUUUUAUGUCUUCUGGUAUAGAUUCCUUUUGUUAUCUUUUAUGUAGCUCGCCCGCCGCCUUCUGGUGUGGAUUCCUUUUGUUAUCUUUUAUGUCUUCUGGUGUAGAUUCCUUUUGUUAUCUUUUAUGUAGCUCUCACAUCGCCAUGUAGCAUAGGUUGUCCAUUGAAUGUUGUGUUGCUUUUCACUUGUAUGCUCUGAGUCUUGAAACGGUUUUAUGAGUUUUCUGCUUUUUGAUGACCAGAUUGUUGACUUGUACAUAAGACGGUACAGCAUCGCCUUUACUCCUGCGGAGGCGGGUCCGUGUCCCGAGUCAGGGUGUCGUCACGUGGGUAGUUAACUGCUUUGCUUCAGUCCCCCAGACGUAAAGAUACAACGUCAUGCUUCGGAAAUACGCGCCGAGCCGUUCAAAGGUGUUUCAGAAAUUGUAACUUAUUUUGUCUUAAAAAUGAGAUUUUUUAAAGGAAAUGUUUGUUCUUGUGUAUUGAAGAAGUGGAUUUUUCUAUGAAGAAUUUUUAAAUGCCUGAAGGACUGGUUUGAAAGCCUCUUUUGGAAACGACUCCUUGGCCGUGACUAAUUGAGGAGAGGGCUCCGAUGCACUGAGCCCGCUUCUGUGUGGCUCCGUGAAGAUGGGGCGGCGGGCGGCUCAGCAGCAGCGUCUGACACCCUGAGGGGCCGCGGCCGCGAGCGAGGCUGAGGCAGCUGCGCUCAGAAGCAUGGCCGCAUGGCCAGCGGACUGGUCAAGACCCAGUCCUUCUUCCCCAGGGAGUCUGACCAGCUCUCGGCUCCAGCUCUGGGCUCUGGCGCCCGGCAGGCGCCUCUGUCUGAAGCGCCAUGGCCCCCAGACAGCCGUGCGCGGAGCUGGAAACGCCGCCUGGUGGUCCUGCCAGACUGGGGCCCCUGGCCCUGCAGGUCUGUGUCACAUGUUUGCCUCCGGGGAAGUCCCCGCCUUUCAGGGACGGUGCUGUCGGUGAGCCGUCUGCAGCCGGGGCCGCGGGCGCCCCUCCGCAGGACGCCUGUGGAGCGGUGCCGACGCCGAGCCGCCCUGCGGCCUGUCCUGGCGGCUGCGUUUGUCUCGCUUCAGCACGUUGUCAGGCUAGUGACGCGUUCCCGAUCUCUGUCACCUCCUGCAAUAAUCGCUCCCACACACCCUGAUAUGAUUAAAUCUUGGAGAAAACAAGCCAUAC